AUGAACUCAUUGGUAAAUACAGCUGCUAGAGUCUACGAACCAAGAUUCCAGGACACGGUUGCCACGGCACCUAUCUGUGCCCUCAUCGCCAUGGUGACAGGAAUAGAAACACAGACACAGCUCGGCGGAUUCAGCACGAGCAUUGACAAUCUGACAAUCCCAUCACGGUGCGGUAAGGGAGUGCUGCGGAGGGUCACAGAGGUGUUUGACUGCUGGUUUGAGAGCGGCAGCAUGCCUUACGCCCAGGUCCACUACCCCUUCGAGAACAGGAAGGAGUUUGAGGACACUUUCCCAGCAGACUUCAUCGCCGAAGGCAUUGACCAGACAAGGGGAUGGUUCUACACCUUGUUGGUGCUCUCCACUGCGCUGUUUGGCAAACCACCCUUCAAGAAUGUCAUUGUUAAUGGAUUGGUACUGGCUAGCGAUGGACAGAAGAUGAGCAAGCGCAAGAAGAACUACCCAGAUCCAGGACUGAUAGUGCAGAACUAUGGAGCUGAUGCCCUCAGGUCAGAUCUGUGCUUGUCGCUCUCAGAGCUGCUGACCCCUGAGAGGCAGCAGGAGGACCAGGAGGACACUAUUCACUGA